UUCUAUAUUGAAAUGGUACGGAAGCGGCAUGUGCUAUAAGCUGCCGGGCUUUGGUCCGCUCCCUUGUCAUCGAGUCACCGACUUGCUUUAGACCUUCCGCCUUCCGGCACUGGGUACGUUAUACCGCCAUACACGUUCUUACAACUCUGUGGAGAUAUGCGUUUUGCGACUCAAUGUGUGAGGAGGGGUUCUUCGGUUCAACAUUUGGGCAACUGACUCCUCUCAACUGUGUCAAAGUUUGCUUUUUUUGGGAACCAAAUAGCAUCAAGAUCAAACCAUGUUCCCUGUAAUUUACGAUAAAAUAAGAAUAAUUUUAUUGAUCCAGCAUGAUGAAAUUUGAAGAUGGGGGUGAAAUUUUGAAGUAUAGAGGCAAUGUUUAAAGCUGAUGUGUAGUCUUUUCGGUGAUUAUGCUCCGAACGGUAGUUUUACUGAUGAGCGAGAGACAAAAAUUAGCAGAGCUUAUAAGAAAAUGCUCUAGGAAUUUAUUUCUCGAUCAAGGAAAGGAGGUUCAUGGAGCUGUGGUAAGGAAGGAUUACGGUUCUGAUUUGAUGAUAAAUAAUGAUCUCAUAGAUAUGUAUGGAAAAUGUGGUAGAAUGAGCAUUGCCUAUGCAGUGUUUGAUAGAAUGCCUGAAAGAAAUGUUGUUUCUUGGACAGCUUUGAUGUGUGGAUAUUUACAAGAGGGCAAUGCCAAGGCGUCUUUAUCACUUUUUCGUCAUAUGGGAUUUUCCGGUGUAAGGCCUAAUGAAUAUACAUUUUCUACAAAUAUCAAGGCGUGUGCAUUUUUGGAUGUUCUGGAAAACGGGAUGCAGAUUCAUGGCUUUUGUACUAAACGUGGAUUUGAAGGGUAUCCUGUGGUGGGAAAUUCAAUCAUUGAUAUGUACUCGAAAUGUGGAAAAAUCAAUGAGGCUGAACGGAUGUUUCAUGAUAUGCCGGCUAGGAGUCUGAUAACUUGGAACGUGAUGAUAUCAGGGUAUUCCCUUUUCGAAGAUAUGUGUGAUAGAUCUUUGCAUUUAUUCAAGGAGAUGCAAAUGCAAGGAGAGAUACCGGAUAAGUAUACCUUUACGAGCACAUUAAAGGCUUGUCGUGGACUUGGAGCUUUUCAAGAGGGAACACAAAUUCAUGCCUUUCUGAUUAUAAGAGGAUGCUCAAUUCCAGUUCAAAACUUUAUUUCUGGUGCUCUUAUUGAUCUGUACGUCCAAUGUGGAUACUUGUUUCAAGCAAGAAAGGUGUUUGAUCAAAUGGAAACGAAAAGUGUGGUAUCUUGGACAACAAUAAUAAUAGGAUACGCUCAAGAAGGAAACUUAUCUGAGGCAAUGGACUUGUUCAGACAGCUUCAGGAGAGUCGCAUUCCCAUUGAUGGAUUUGUUCUUUCCAGCAUGAUCAGCGUCUUUGCGGAUUUUGCUCUUACGGAGUCAGGAAAGCAGAUGCAUUCCUAUGCCAUCAAAACCCCCUCGGGUUUAGACACAUCAGUAGCAAAUUCAAUUGUCGACAUGUAUCUCAAGUCUGGUUUGACGGAGGAGGCUGAACAGCUUUUUGUCAAUAUGCCAGAGAAGAAUAAGAUCUCCUACACGGUUAUGAUCACGGGAUAUGGGAAGUAUGGUCUUGGUAAUGAUGCAAUGGAUCUCUUCGAGAAAAUGCAGCAGGAUAAUAUUGAGCCAGACCAUGUAACCUACUUGGCUUUGCUCUCGGCCUGUAGCCAUUCGGGACUUGUUGAAGAAAGCCAGAGAUACUUCACGCAAUUGUGUAAUAGUUAUCAGAUAAAAACUAGAGUCGAGCAUUAUGCUUGCAUGGUUGAUAUCCUUGGUCGAGCCGGACGGUUAAAAGAAGCCAAGAAACUCAUACAGAGAAUGCCAAUAAGACCUAAUAUAGGAAUAUGGCAAACAUUACUUAGUGCUUGUAGAGUACAUAAAGAUGUCGAGUUAGGGAGAGAAGUAGGAGAGAUUCUCUUGAGAUUAGAUGGUGAAAAUCCCGUAAACUAUGUUUUGUUGUCGAAUGUUUUUGCCGACGCCCUCUACUGGACAGAGUGUGAGAGAUUGAGAGGGUUAGUGAAAGCUAAGGGUUUGAAGAAGGAAGCUGGGCGUAGUUGGGUCGAGAUUGAUAAGGAGAUGCACUUUUUCUACAAUGGCGACGAAACACAUCCACUUACUCGAAAAAUCCACGAAAUUUUGAAAGAAAUGGAGAAGAAAAUGAAAGAAGUAAUGGGUUAUGCGUAUGAAGUGAGAUACGCACUGCAUGAUGUAGAAGAGGAAUCGAAGGAGGAAAACUUGAGAGUUCAUAGCGAGAAAUUAGCUGUUGGUUUGGCUUUAGUUUGUGGUGGGAUGAAGAAGGAAGGUCAGCCCAUUAGGAUUUUCAAGAACUUGAGAAUUUGUGGGGAUUGUCAUGAGUUCAUUAAAGGUUUGUCCAAGAUUUUGGAGAAACUGUUUCUUGUUAGAGAUGCUAAUAGGUUCCACAAGUUUGAAAAUUCGGGCGACUAUAAAAUUCAUAAGGAGUCCACACUCCACUUUGUGUUGAGGCUUGGUGGUGGCAGGCAGAUUAUUGUUAAAACCCUUACUGGGAAGACAAUAACCAGUGAAGGUGAAAGCUCCGACACCAACGAUAAUGUUAAAGCUAAAAUUCAGGACAAGGAAGGAAUCUCACCAAACCAGGAGUCAACUCUGCACCUCGUGCUGAGGUUGCGGGUAGGCAUGCAGAUUUUUGUGAGGACUCUAACAGGAAAACUCGUCAGUUCGUGUUGA